UCGUAAUUUUCAGAUUCAUUUUAAUAGCAUCGUGAAUUGGACUCGGAGUCGGAUCCCUGUCGGCAAUGCGACGCUGGUUCGCCGCGAAACCCCUCUCGAGAGAGGAAACAACCUUUUUGUCAGUCUCGCAAGUCUUCUUCUUCCCGCGUUUCCGUAAGGCUCUUCCUCUUCGUCCUCUCCGUUCAGAUCCAAGAGAUGUCCGCUAAUUCUCACCCUCCUAAUUCCAGAAAUGUCCUCUGUAAUGCAGCCGCCGGUGCCGCCGCCGGGGUUUUUGCGGCUACGUUUGUGUGUCCUCUUGAUGUUAUAAAAACGAGGUUUCAGGUUCAUGGGCUGCCUAAGCUUGGUGAUGCAAACAUCAAAGGUAGUCUAAUUGUUGGUAGUCUUGAGCAGAUCUUCAAGAAAGAAGGGGUGCGUGGCUUAUACCGCGGACUUUCCCCAACCGUGAUGGCACUUCUCUCGAAUUGGGCGGUUUAUUUUACAAUGUAUGACCAGCUCAAGAGCUUUUUAUCUUCGAAUGAUAAGGAUCACAAACUCAGCGUUGGUGCCAACGUAAUGGCAGCCUCUGGUGCUGGAGCUGCAACUACAAUAGCCACAAAUCCUCUUUGGGUUGUCAAGACUAGACUUCAGACACAAGGAAUGAGAGCGGGUGUAGUGCCAUACAAAAGUACACUAUCUGCUUUAAGGAGAAUAGCUUACGAGGAGGGAAUUCGCGGAUUGUACAGUGGUCUUGUGCCUGCACUAGCUGGCAUCAGUCACGUUGCUAUUCAGUUUCCUACAUAUGAGAUGAUCAAAAUCUACUUGGCCAAGAAAGGUGAUAAAUCAAUCGAUAAUCUCAAUGCUCGUGAUGUAGCAGUGGCCUCUUCAAUUGCAAAGAUAUUUGCUUCCACAUUAACCUACCCGCACGAGGUUGUACGAGCUAGGCUUCAAGAGCAAGGACACCACAGUGAGAAACGUUACUCGGGAGUGAGAGAUUGCAUAAAGAAAAUAUUUGAGAAAGAUGGCUUUCCCGGUUUUUACAGAGGCUGUGCCACUAAUCUCCUGAGAACAACUCCUGCUGCAGUUAUCACAUUCACUAGCUUCGAAAUGGUUCAUCGUUUCCUCGUCACUCAUUUACCUUCUGAGCAAAGCUCUAUACUUUAAAUUGUUUAUUUUGAUGAUAGACGAUUAGAUGUGUGGUUUAGUGAGGUAAACAGGGCUAUUUUACACAGUUAAAAGUUUCCCCCUUCUGGGGAGUAACUCAAAAUAGGAAUUCGUUUUUGGACAACCCUUAGAUUCAUCUCACAGGCUUAUGUUUCUGUUGGAGAAAUCAGAAUCUGUGUGGAUUUAUGAAGAAUGGAAAGUUGAGAGACCCACAAAGAAUAUUUAUCAUGGCAUUGUAAAUGACUGAAUUCUUUUAUUACUCUGUUUGUGAAAGAGAGAGUUUGUGGUCUCUCAUUCGCCAUGCUCGUCGAACAU